AUGGCUGAGAUGGCGGCUGAUGGUGGGCAUGGCGGUGGGAAUCACCCAUUGCGCCGGACAUCUCCAAUGUCUGGGUUCAUGUUACGUCGCUUUGUAGAGCUCAUUGCUAGUGGAGUGAAGACGGAAAAGGGCUUUAAGGAGGUGCACCUAAACCAGGUGGCUAAGAAUUGUAGUGAUCACUUUGGUGUUUCCAUAACCGAGACCCAAGUGUACAACCACCUCCACAAGUGGCGUGCUAGGUGGGUGAAGAUAAGUAGGCUCCGAGGCAUUAGUGGGUCACUUUGGGAUGAUAACAACUAUGUCAUAUUGCUGGAGAAAGAGCACUACAUGGGCCAUAUCAAGGACCAUCCCAAAGAUGUUGAGUACCUCAAUGUGCCUUUAGAGAAUUAUGUUCAGAUGCUUUCUAUCUUGGGAAGUGGUAUUGCUAUAGGAAGGUAUGCAAUGACAUCUAAUGAGGCUCUUGGGGUUCCUUCAAUGGUGGGAACCUCCUCAUCAUUUGUAAACCUUGAAGCUUGUGGUUCUGAAUUUGUUGUGGAUGGGAAUGAACCUAGCUUGAGUGCUACUGCUGCUGCUCAUGGGGAAACUGCUGCUGCUCCUCAUCAGAAGCAACCAUGUAAGGAUGCGUCUAGCUCCACUGGCAAAAGGAAGAGGGCUAGCUUGAUGAGUGAAGAAGAAGUCUUGGUCAUGAGCAACAUGUCUGAAGCAGUCCGUGAAGUUGCUAUUGCUAUCAAGUUGACCGGAGAGGCACAUCCUGAACUUUAUGAUGCUGUUAUGGAGCUCCCUGGUUUUACCGAGGAUGAUCUGUUAAUUUUCUUGGACUAUCUCAAUGAGAAUGCCAACAGGGCUAGGAGCCACUCAUUCGUGCAGAUGUCGGAGACUCGUCGCACUCAUUGGGUCAUGCACCACCUCUCCAAGGUCAACGGUGGAGUGCCCAUGCCCAAGCAAGGACUACCCAAGGAUGGAAUGCCUGUCACCAGCGAUGAAGUGCCCAAGGGUGGAGUGUGA